AUGUCUGUAACGAAGAAGGAUCUGGAAAAAAAGCAAACAUUAACAAAAACGGUAUCAGCUGCAUUAUCGACUAAAACAAAACCGGGAGUGACAGAGCAAACGCAAGAAUCAAUUGUUGCAAAUGCGAGAGCGAACGAAAAACCGAAUGAGAAGGCAAAGAAGUCCGAAAACGAACGAUCAUCAAAAGCCAAAGCUGAAGAAGGCAAAGCGACGGACGCCGUGGCCGAGACCAGUCAAAUAAGGCCUGCUUUGACGAACGAACCUUCGGCAAAGGACGAUCUACCAUUGCCGGAACCCGGAGAUAUUAUAGAUACCACACAACUGUCUACUUCAGUGCGAGUGAGUUGCAAUUGA